AUGGCGGGCGCGGGGGCCGCGGGGGGCGCGGGAGGAGCGGCCCCGGUGCCGGUGCCCCCCUGGUACCACCGGGACCUGAGCCGGGCGGCGGCCGAGGAGCAGCUGGCGCGGGCCGGGCGGGACGGCAGCUUCCUGGUGCGGGACAGCGAAAGCGUGGCGGGGGCCUACGCGCUCUGCCUGCUGUUCCAGAAACACGUGCACACCUACCGCAUCCUGCCGGACGAGGAGGAUUUCCUGGCCGUGCAGACGUCACAGGGCGUGCAGGUGCGGCGCUUCAAGACGCUCAGCGAGCUGAUUGCCCUGUACCUGCAGCCCAACCAGGGGCUGGUCUGCACCCUGCUCUUCCCGGUCGAGAGGGAGAAGGAGAAGGAGACCGUGGAGGACAGGGACUACUCAGAUGGAGAGGAUGAGAAGCCGCCAUUGCCACCACGCUCCGGCUCCACCAGUUUCUCUGGCACCUCAGCGGGGCUCAGCCCCACUGGCCUGGGACCAUCUGUGCCAGAGAGGCCAGUGGAGAGCACCAAUGGGCUCAGCAGCAUCUCUCACGAGUACCUGAAGGGCAGCUACAGCCUGGAUCUGGAGGCAGUGAAGGGAGGGGCCAACAGCCUCCCCCACCUCAACAAGACUCUCGUCACCUCCUGCAAACGGCUGCACAGUGAGGUGGACAAGGUGCUGGCAGGGCUGGAGAUCCUCUCCAAGGUGUUUGACCAGCAGAGCUCCCCCAUGGUCUCCAAGAUCCUGCAACAGACAGCAGGGCAGAGUGGAGAGCAGGAGCUGGAGAACCUGGUGCUGAAACUCUCUGUGCUGAAAGAUUUCCUGUCGUCCAUCGAGAAGAAGGCACUGAAGGCCCUGCAGGAGAUGAGCUCAGCCACCCCAGCCACCCCUCCUCAACCCCUCUCCCGCAAGGCCAAGAGCAUCCCUGUGCAGACCUUCGAGGUGAAGCUGGAUAUCACCCUGGGGGACCUGACCAAGAUUGGGAAGUCACAGAAGUACACGCUGAGCGUGGAUGUGGAGGGGGGUAAACUAGUGGUGCUGAAGAAGCAGAAGGACUCCCAGGAGGACUGGAACACCUUCACCCAUGACAAGAUUCGGCAGCUGAUUAAGUCGCAGCGGGUGCAGAACAAGCUGGGCAUCGUUUUUGAGAAGGAAAAGGAUAAAACGCAACGGAAAGACUUUGUUUUUGUCAGUGCUCGGAAACGUGAGGCCUUCUGUCAGCUUCUGCAGCUGAUGAAGAACAAGCAUUCUCACCAGGACGAGCCUGACAUGAUCUCUGUCUUCAUUGGCACCUGGAACAUGGGCAGCGUUCCUCCCCCCAAGAACAUCACUUCAUGGAUCACCUCCAAGGGGUUGGGCAAGACCCUGGACGAGGUGACGAUGGCCAUACCGCACGACAUCUACGUCUUUGGCACCCAGGAGAAUUCCCUGGGAGACAAGGAGUGGGUGGACUUCCUGCGCUCCGUCCUCAAGGACUUCACCGAGGUUGAGUACCGCCCGGUGGCCAUGCAGUCCCUGUGGAACAUCAAGGUGGUGGUGCUGGUGAAGCCAGAGCACGAGAACCGCAUCAGCCACGUCAGCACCUCCAGCGUCAAGACAGGGAUCGCCAACACCCUGGGGAACAAGGGCGCUGUGGGUGUCUCCUUCAUGUUCAAUGGCACCUCCUUUGGCUUUGUCAACUGCCACCUCACCUCUGGCAAUGAGAAGACUGCACGGAGGAACCAGAACUACCUGGACAUCCUGCGCCUGCUCUCACUGGGGGAUAAGCAGCUGAGCUCCUUUGACAUUUCUCUUCGCUUCACCCACCUCUUCUGGUUUGGGGACCUCAAUUACCGCCUAGACAUGGACAUCCAGGAGAUCCUCAACUACAUCAGCCGCAAGGAGCUGGAGCCGCUGCUGAAGGUCGAUCAGCUCAAUCUGGAGAAGGAGAAGCACAAGGUGUUCCUGCGCUUUGGUGAGGAGGAGAUCACCUUCCCCCCAACCUACCGCUACGAGCGGGGCUCCCGGGACACCUAUGUCUGGCACAAGCAGAAGCCCACAGGGGUGCGUACCAACGUGCCGUCCUGGUGUGACCGCAUCCUCUGGAAGUCCUACCCCGAGACUCAUGUCAACUGCAACGCUUAUGGGUGCACAGAUGACAUUGUCACCAGUGACCACUCACCUGUCUUCGGCUCCUUUGAAGUGGGAGUGACAUCCCAGUUCGUUUCCAAAAAAGGGCUCUCCAAGUCCUCAGAGCAGGCAUACAUCGAGUUUGAGAGCAUAGAAGCCAUCGUGAAGACCUCCAGUCGCACCAAGUUUUUCAUCGAGUUCUAUUCUACCUGCCUGGAAGAGUUCAAGAAGAGCUUCGAGAACGACAGCCAGAGCAGUGACAACAUCAACUUCCUCAAGGUGCAGUGGUCAUCCCGGCAGCUGCCCACGCUGAAGCCCAUCCUCUCUGAGAUUGAGUACCUGCAGGACCAGCACCUCUUGCUCACUGUCAAGUCCCUUGAUGGCUACGAGUCCUAUGGGGAGUGUGUCAUUGCCCUGAAGUCCAUGAUUGGCAGCACAGCCCAGCAGUUCCUCACCUACCUGUCCCACCGCGGUGAGGAGACCGGCAAUAUCCGUGGCUCCAUGAAGGUCUGGGUGCCCACGGAGCGCCUGGGCACCCGCGAGAGGCUCUAUGAGUGGAUCAGCAUCGAUAAGGAUGAGACGACAGCCAGCAAAGGGAAGGUGCUGCUAGGUGCCAGGGCCACCCAGGACAAUGCCAAGUCUGUGGGGCGGAAGCCCACGGGUGCUGAGCCCCCCACCACCCUCCUGGCGAAGCUGCCGGAGGAGCCCGACAAGAGCAGCACCACAGCAGCGCCGCGUCCCCCGGCCCCGCACCGCAGCGCCCCCAGGGACGAGGCCGCCCCGAGCCGGUCCAAGGUGGAGGCAGUGCCAGAGGUCUCAGGGGGUCCCCUGAAGAACAGCUUCAACAACCCAGCGUACUACGUGCUGGAGGGGGUCCCCCACCAGCUGCUGGUGCCAGGGGACCCCGGCAAGCCCCCCAAGGCCAAGGUGCAGGUGGCAGUGCCGGAGCGCUGCCAGUGCCCCUCGGCAUGCUGUGGUGGCGAGAGCGAUGAGGAGGAGGAGCUGGGCACCCUGAACCUGCCCCCGCCGGAUUUCCCCCCGCCGCCGCUGCCGCGGGAGCUGGAGCUCCCUCAAAACACCUUCUUGGGCACCCCCAAGGAGCUGCUGGCAUCCAGCGGGUGUGAGGACCCCAAAUCCCACCCUGCUGCCUUCGGAGAGGCUCCCCUGCCCAAGCUGCACCCCCGGCCACCCCCAGCCGCCAGGGCUGGAUUUGGGAUGGAGGGGGCUGGCGGGAUGCCCGUUCCUGGGGCACUGCCUGCUCCCGGGGCACUGCCUGCUCCUGGGGCACUGCCCGCUCCUGGGGCACUGCCCGCUCCCGGGGGCCUGUCGGGAGGGCUGCUGGAUGACCGCUCCUGCUCGGUGCUGCAGAUGGCCAAGACACUGAGUGAGGUGGACUACGGGGGUGGGAAGGGGAGGGUGGUCCCCCCACCACCGCUGCUGGCCAAGGGGGCCUUGCCUCCCCGCUGCCUGCACCCUGACUAUGGCCGCCCCCUUGCCUUCCCUCCCCACUCCAUCCAGGAGAGCAUCCAGGAGGACCUGGCUGAGGAGGCGCUGGGCCGCGGCGUGGGCACCGUGCCCGGCGUGGGCGAGUGGCUGCGGGCGCUGGGGCUGGAGCGGUACGAGGAGGGGCUGGUGCGCAACGGCUGGGACGACCUGGAGUUCCUCAGUGACAUCACAGAGGAGGACCUGGAGGAGGCUGGAGUGCUGGAGCCCGGCCACAAGCGCGUCCUUCUGGAGAGCCUCCAGCUCCGCAAGUAGCUGCCACCGCACAUCCAGCAUCCCGUGCUUCCCGUGGCCCAGCAUCCCAGACCCUGCAGCCCUGCGUCUCACACCUUGCAGUAGUGUGUCCUGUGGCCCAGCAUCCUGCAUCCCACAGACAGACAUCCUGGACCCCAUGGCUGUGCAUUCUGUAUCCUGCUGCCACGUGUCCUGGAGCCUGUGGCCCUGCAUCCUGCAGCUGAGCAUCCCAGAUCCUGCGGCCACGCAUCCCAGAUCCCUCAGAUCCUGCGGCCGUGUGUCUGCAGCCCGGCAUCCUGUGACCCCAUAUCCUGGGUCCCAUGGAUGUGCAUCCCAGAUCCUGCAGCUGUGCAUCCUGCAGCUGAGGAUCCUUCAUCCCACAGCCCCACACCCUGCAUCCCACCAUCACCAGCAGCAAGUGGGAACCCCAUGACCUCCACAGCCCACCCCACCCUGGGUGCAGGGUAAUGGGGCAGGAAGGGGGAGUGGGGGACAGGGGGGUGGUGGGUCCUGGUCAGAUAAUUUCACAUGAGGAUUCCCAUGGGGUGUCCUCACAUUUAAGUUAUUUUUUUAUUUAUUGGGAGAAGGGAUGGGGGAAGAGGUGUUUGGGGGUAACCUGGCUCCCUAAUUGGGACCCUGGCUCCCCCAUGAGCCCUCACAGUUAGGAGGAGGCUCUGAGCAAAGUCAUGUCUUGACCCAAGUGCCUUCAUGAUGCCUGGGAUGGGAUGGGAUGGGAUGGG